GGUAAUCCGAUGAUAAGAAUAUAGAGUGUGACUAUAGUAUAUUUGGUGGAAAGAGUCUAUUAUUGAGAGGAAGAUGUGUGUUGCUUGCCGCUGUUAAAUGAGACGGGAACGACCUAUUGGUUCUGUCUGAGUAAUGUUGAGUUAUUUCGUUGAGACCGUAUUUACGAAUGAUGAAUGAUAGAUAAAUGUCUUGGCGAUAUCAGGGCCGAUCGAUGGCGUAUAAUUCACCGGGUGUCGUCUCAUUAGGUACCUCCUAAGGUACGGUACAUCACCUGCUAGAUAGAAGGAGAUCUACCAAGAAAAGCCUCAACUUAUUCUCGUUAGUUGAGUCGCAUAAGAGAUGGCGACAUUUGCCCGACCAACUUUUUCAGCCAAGGCCUAUGCAGCUUUUCGGCCGGCUUACCCCCCAUCACUGUUCCGCACCGUGCUAAACUACCACCAGCUGCCCGCGCACAGCGGCACGCUACUGGAUCUCGGGUGCGGCCACGGUCUUAUCGCGCGCUCCCUCAGCCCGCAUUUCAAAUCAGUGCUUGCCAUCGACCCGUCAGCAGGCAUGAUAGCGCAAGCCAAGCAGACCACGACCGAUCCCACCGUGACCUUUCGCCAGGGUGGCGCCGAGGAUCUGCGCUUCUUAUCGGAUGGCUCCGUCGACAUGGCUGUCGCGGGCCAGGCCGCGCAUUGGUUCGACUACGGGAAGGUCUGGCCCAACCUCGCGCGGGUGGUGCGCCGCGGCGGCACCGUCGCCUUCUGGGGCUACAAAGACAACGUGCUGGUGGGCGCGGAGCGGGCGACCGAAGUCAUGGAGCGGUUCGUCUACGGGUCCGGCGAGGUGGCGCCGGGCGUGGAGGGCAUGGGCCCGUACUGGGAACAGCCCGGGCGGAGUAUCCUGCGCGACCUCCUGCGCAGCGUGCACCCGCCCGAUUCCGACUGGACGGAUGUCACCCGCCUCGAGCACGAGCCGGGAGAGAAGGGGACGGAGGAGACCCGCUGGCUGAACAAGAAGAUGAAGCUCGGCGAGGUAGAGAGCUACCUGCGGACGUUUAGCGCGUACAAUGGCUGGAAAGAGGCCCAUCCCGAGGCGAAGAGCAGAGCGGAGGGUGGAGAGGGGGAUGUGGUCGAUAUAAUGUGGGAUCACAUGAUCGACGCGGUACCGGAAUGGAAGGCCAAGGGGGAGCAGUGGCGGGAGAUUGAAGUUGAAAAUGAUUGGGGCACUUAUAUCCUAAUGGCCAGGCGUAGAUGAUGUGUACUAUGCGUAUAGCUUCUUAAAGCAGGUAAGUUGAGAAACGAGGACAGACAAGGGGCACCGUUUCU